AUGAUCUCCUCGACGUUGCAAAAGGGCGACAGCGUCGCCCCCCCCCCGAUUGAAGUAGGUACGCGGGCGCUGGUGAUUAUCAUCCAGCAUCUCUGGACCGCGCUUGUAAAAUCUAAGAUCGAUGAUUGGCGUCAACGACGCCGAAAGUUUACGACGCCGCACGACCGGCUGAAUACCGUAGUCGCCACUGGGAAGGCGGACGACGGAUCUGUCUGGCGAGGAUCGAAUUCAGGCAAGAGCGCAGCCACAAUAGCUACCCCAGGACUGGACCGCGUUUGGCCCGCCGACGACGCUUCGCUGUCAUCGCGAGGAUGUUCCGCAGGCGCCGCGGGAGCAGCCCUGCGCAAGAUUACGGGAGGAAGCAAAGUGUCGUCAGAACCGUCGACGGUUCAGCAGCAACGGGGGGGCCGUCGAGCCAUCGCCAGCACCAGCAUCAGCUCUUUGGUCACUGUGGCGAGCUGUGACAAAGACACAUCCAACCUUUGGCACGAUACGGCUCCGGCGAUCUCGUCAACGAUAUUGCGCAGCGUGUCCUCGCUUAUGCCGGGGAUGGCCGUCCGAGGAGUGAAGUCGUGGCUGAUGACAGCCGACGAUGCCUGGUGA